AUGGAAAAUACAAACACGUCGAUUAUUCAUACUGCUGCAGCUGCUACUAAUGCUGCUACUACAACUACUGCUACCACAGCUGCUACUAAUGCUGCUACUACAACUACUGCUACCACAGCUGCUACUAAUGCUGCUACUACAACUACUGCUACCACAGCUGCUACUAAUGCUGCUACUACAACUACUGCUACCACAGCUGCUGCUAAUGCUGCAACUACAACUACUGCUACCACAGCUGCUACUACGACUUCUGCUAAUACUUCAGCUGUUACUAAUAAUUUGCUUUCUUCUUCUACUACGUGUAGUAGUAAUUUUACUAGACCAGGCUCAGAUUUCUCUAGCAACAUCUGUGACCGUCUACGUGAUGAUGAUGACUUGGGUGACGAAGGUAAUGGUGUUCAUUCCAAUAAGAACGAUAUCUCUAACCUUAAUAAAAACUCUUGUAAUAGUAAUAAUGUUAAUAAUGAUGAUGAUGAUGACAACAUUGAUAACACUGUCGCCACAAACAACAACAACUAUGCUAACGACGACGAUAACAUUAACAGUAACGUUGAAACAAAUGACAGCAACAAAAAUGAUAACUCACCCUAUGGUGUCAACAAGUAUCCAAAUGUUGACAACGACUCUGUUCAUAAAACAACUACUAACAACACCAGCAACAACAAAGGAAACAACAAUAUUGAUGACAUUAAUAGCACAGCUAGUAAAGAUGUCAACAACCGCAACAAAUCAAAAAUUCCAAUUAGGUUGAGCAAAUUAAUUGCAACAACAACAACAACCAUAACAACAACAGAAACCAUAACAACUUUAACAAGUCCAACAACAAAACCGACGAAAACAGUAACUGUGACCUUGAUUCCCAUCCCUGGAGUUCGAAGGUCAUCUUUAACGUCACAUGACCGGAAAUUGACCGGCAUACUUAAGCAGCCUUUGUCAGCAACUUCAUUGACAACAUCAGUUCAACAGCAAAAUGAAAACAACAUAUCUAAUACAGCAUCGACAACCCCAACAACACCAACAACGAACAACAACCAAAUAGAACUCGAUAGUGUAGAUAAGGAACUACAAAAUGGAGAACUCUUAAAAACUACACCGACAAACGACAAUGAAUACUCGGGCUAUAAUAUUGACAACACAAUUGGAUUACAACGGAAUAUUUUUGAUGAUCCAAACCAAAACCACACCCACGGCAGAAGCAAUCUGACCUCUAAAUUAGAAUUUAUAAGCAGUAGCAGCAUCUAUGGGAUAAAAGGUCACACUUUUCACAACAACAACAGCAGCAGCAACAACAACAAUCACAAACGCAACCAAAUUCAGUUGCACCGGAAAUUGAGCGACUAUUCACCAUCUGAAAAGUCAUCAAUUAAAACUAGCACAGGGAUGACAUCAUCAACAACAUCAACAACAACAACAUCAACAAAAACAUCAUCCUCAUCAACAACAAAUAACACCACAACAAUGGCAUCACCUCCUGAUUUAAUCAGCAACGUUCCAGAAAUGAAACAUCGGCGAAAAGCCAAAAUAGUUGGCCCCACAAACAUUCCAGUGCUACAAAAUGUUGAAGCAAUUAACAAAACCCAUAAAUUGAGCAAAAACAUUCACAACAAAACCAACAUUUUCAACAAUUUUUAUGCAUACAAUGCUGAAAAUAACGCCUCAAAAAUACCAAAAUUGUUAAGUAGCACAGCUGAAAAGACAUUUAUAACAUCAACUGUAGCAACAACAACAGCAACGACAACAACAACUACUACUACUAUUACCACUUCAACAAGUUUUUCCAACAAAUUCGGCAAAAGUCCCAUUGGAAUAGCAACUAAAACCAAACCUAACAGACCGUUCAUCGACAAGAGGGAGAACAUUUCAAAACAAGCCAAAACAUCAUCACCGACAAAAUCACGAAAACAACCGACACCAAUCCUACUGGACAGUUCCGGAUACUCAUCGUCACAUGACCAUGACGUCACACAUGAUCUCAAUAUGACUGGCACUUCCGGUUAUAGUAGCAAUGAUAACGACAACCUUCGCAACUCUUUCGAAAACAACGAGGUCGUAAAACACUUCAGAAACACUAAAAAGCAUCAGAAACAUUUAGUCGCAAGUCUCGGCGUGGGUAAGAAGAGUUCAUCGAGAAUUCCUAAAUUUGGUCAAAUAUUCACGUCAACGAUAAUAACUGCAACAACUACGACAACCACCACGGUUACUACAAAAAGGUCCAGUUCCAAUGCUGCCACACACACAACUGGUGGAACGAACAAGUUCAAGGCUGGGUCGACCGCAACAACUUCCAGUAAGAUUCCAACGUUCAACAAAAGAUCUAGAGACAAACAUGUUACUCAGCAACAACAAAUGCAACAACUGCAACCAAAGCAGCAACACAACAACAGCAAAAUAAACGAUCUUGGAUCCGAUAUUUUGUCAUUGAAUGCCAAGUUAGAACGCUUGUUCGAGGUCUAUAAGAAAAUUGAAAAAAAAAAGUUGAAAAAAUUGCAGAGCAUUACUGUUGGAGACUUACCAACAGCAACGAAACCAAAAAAUAAAGUAACCUUUAAUGCUGAUUAUAAAUUAAACAAAAUCGACAGAAACCAAAUUUGGCAGGAAAAUAACAAAAGAAAGAUGCUGUUGAACGAUAAAAUUCAACGCAAGUUGCAGAUGCAAAGGAAAACGCAGCAGGAAAAACUGAAACAGUUUUUAAGACAGCAACAAAAACAGGAAUCAAGUGUUUUACUUCAACCAUUACAACAACAACAACAGCAGCAGCAACAACAGCAGCAGCAGCAGCAACAACAACAACGCCAUCAACAGCAGCUGCAGCAAAUUUCUCAAGAACAAAAACAUUCUAAAUUAAGAAAGCAAGAGCAAGAAACUAAUAGACCAAUAAUUCAAGAACAAAAAGAACAACAGAAAAAUCGACUUCAACGAACAGCUUUGCACAACUCUCUAUCCAGAUCCUUCAAUCAUGCCUUUUCAUCAAUCGGACCAUCAAGUUUGUUUAGAAAACCACCAGUUCCUCUUCCACAACAACAUUUCUUUCCCAUCAAUCCACCCCCACUAUCAUCAGCAGCAGCAUCAUCGUCUUCCUCUUCUUCCUCAUCUGUGGUCUCCAUCAAUAAGAUGCCGAACUUUAAAUGUCCUCAAAUAAAGAAAAAAACUUGUUCAUCCUCAUCAUCUCUCCUCCUAUCCAACAAAACAACUGCCUUCAAAAUUUUCAACAAAUCUGAAAAUGUCCAAGGUAAAGUGAAUUUGCUCGAAUUAAAUAAGCAAGACAAUAAGGAUGUUUUAUAUUUGAAAUCAAUCAAAUCAUGUGCUGCUAACAAAAAUACAAAACAUAAACAGAUGAGUAAAAAACAGUUCCUUCCAACUCAACACAACAACCAAAUUUCACAGCAACAACAACAGUUAAAAAAAAAUUAUCUACUACACCCAGAAUAUCAACAGAAAGAAAUUCAUCAACAACAAAGCCAUCAACAGCAGCCAGUGUUGGCAGGUGUUGGAUUUCUUGGAAACGAUUUAAUUUCAAAAUUUAAGAACAAAAAACAAAUUUCAGAUGUGGUCCAACCUAGACAACAUCAACAGCAUCAACAACAACAACUUCAACACCAACACCCUGAUCGUGAACGAGAACAACAACAACAACAACAAGAACAACGAGAUUCACAUCAGCCAGGCAACCAGUUCCACAACAGCUCACAGCAGCUGAUGCACCACGUACAACAGCUCCAAGAACUCCAACGACAACUGGUCAAGUCGAGGGAUAAAAUUGAAUAUUUGCAAGAAAACAAACACCUCCCCUUUGCUGAACAAUCACUGCACCAGGAGCUUCUCAAGUUAGAGAACUUUCAAGAACUCUUGAUCGAGUCACAAAAGCAGCUGGAAAAUAUUAGACUGGCUAGGUUGCGAGAGAUUUUGUCUCCUUUGGAACAACAACAGCAACAACAGAAAAAAUUGCAACAACAUCAGCAUCCACCACCACAUAGACAUCAACAACAACUUUUAUUCAAUCAACAUUAUAACCACCGCCAACAACAACAGCAGCAGCAACAACAACAACAGCACAAACAACAACAACACAACUCAUCUCCAAACAUUCACUCAUCAGAUCAUUCAAACCAAUCCGAAAAAAACCAGCGUUCAAUUUUUUCAGCUGCUAAACUCUUCAAGCAACCAGUCAAAAAGCUUCAACCAGUUUUUGUUUAA